GGAUAGGUUGUUCCCGAGGUGGGAGGUGGUAGCGGUCGUUGAGAAGGAGGCCUGAGAUCGACAUGUACCCGGCGGGUGAGACAGAGCGGCCCGUGGCGCUGUUUCUCUGAGUCCAGGGCGGCCUGGAGGCCGGCUGAGAACGAGGGUUGGAGGAGGCUGCCCCCGCUUUGGUGGCCGCCAUGCUGGGGGCCCGGGCGGUUGAGGGAGCCUCUGUAGCGCUCCUGCGACUGCUGCUGCUGCUGCUGCUGCCGGCUUUCAGCGGGCCGGGGCUCGGCAUGGUUGGCUUGGUGGGAGCCGGGCUGCCCGAGAGCGUUAUUUGGGCAGUCAACGCGGGCGGCGAAGCGCAUGUGGACGUGCACGGGAUCCACUUCCGCAAGGACCCUUUGGAAGGCCGGGUGGGCCGAGCCUCCGACUACGGCAUGAAGCUGCCGAUCCUCCGCUCCAACCCCGAGGACCAGAUCCUGUACCAGACCGAGCGGUACAACGAGGAGACCUUCGGCUACGAAGUGCCCAUCAAGGACGAGGGGGACUACGUGCUGGUGUUGAAGUUCGCCGAGGUCUACUUCGCGCAGUCCCAGCAGAAGGUGUUUGACGUGCGAUUGAACGGCCACGUCGUGGUGAAGGACCUGGACAUCUUCGAUCGCGUCGGGCACAGCACCGCUCACGAUGAAAUCAUCCCGAUGAGCAUCAGAAAAGGGAAGCUGAGUGUCCAGGGAGAGGUGUCCACCUUCACGGGGAAACUGUACAUCGAGUUCGUCAAGGGGUACUAUGACAAUCCCAAAGUGUGUGCGCUCUACAUCAUGGCUGGGACGGUGGACGAUGUGCCAAAGCUGCAGCCUCAUCCAGGACUGGAGAAGAAGGAAGAGGAAGAGGAGGAAGAAGAGUACGAUGAAGGAUCCAAUCUGAAAAGACAGACCAAUAAGAACCGCGUGCAGUCCGGCCCCCGCACGCCCAACCCCUACGCCUCGGACAACAGCAGCCUCAUGUUUCCCAUCCUGGUGGCCUUCGGGGUCUUCAUUCCGACCCUCUUCUGCCUCUGCCGGUUGUGAGCGCAAGUCACCGUCCUGAGCAGGGUGGAGGGGUGCGGGAAAGAGACCGGACGCGUUGUUUGGUUCCUGUCCUUUUCACGGUGAUUAACACAAACAAACAAACUAAAAACACCACAAAAAAAUUAAAGGAGCUAACGAGAGGCAGAGCGCGUGGAGAGCAGCCCUCCUUCGGCACCACCGGGCCCCCAGCCUGCCUCGGCCCCGGGCCUCCGCUCGAGCGGCCCCACCGUCCCUUUCCUCUCCGAGGCACCUCGCUCGGGUGGACGGGUCCUCCCUGCUCAAGGACCCUCGUCUGUUUACCUAGUGGAAAGGACUCUGAACUUGGAGCAGACCCCCUUUUUAGGGUUGCAAUUAACAGCAGGGACACAGUCAUCUUGUUCCCUGAGAAGACCAGCCCUGGGAGUUGGGUAUGUCCUGAACGCGUGUCCAGAUGCGUUUCCAGAUGCCCCCGGGAUUGGGAGUGGGCGCGGUCUGCGCAUGUGUGAAGAUGUAUACUUUGUAUGAUAGGGGUGAAAACAGAAGGGUUUUUUUUU